AUGGCCCGAGGAUUCGUUAUUGACUUCAAAGGAAAGUGCGUCGUGGUCACCGGUGGCAACCGCGGGAUAGGACUGGCCAUUAGCAAGGCGGUAGCGCAGGCCGGAGCCAGCGUCGCCAUCAUCUAUAGGUCCUCCAAGGAUGCCGACCAGGUUGCCUCGAAUAUCGGGAAAGAGUUUGGUGUGAAGACCAAGGCGUACAAAUGCGAUGUCUCGGAUGCAGACCUGGUCAACAAGACGUUUACGAAGAUCGACGACGAGCUUGGUCCAAUCACCGGCCUUGUUGCGAACGCGGGGGUCUCCGUAGUCAAGCCAGCGAUAGAGAUGACCACGGACGACUUCAAUAAGGUCUUCACCGUGAACGUCCUCGGCGUAUUCAAUAGUGCCCGGGCAGCCGCAAAGUUGUGGAUCGACCGGAAGCAUCAGGGCGGCUCCAUCGUCAUAACAUCGUCGAUGUCUUCGCAGAUCAUCAACCAGACCGGCGCGAACGAGCCGUUAACCCAGAUAUUCUAUAACUCUUCAAAAGGAGCGGUGAGCAACUUGUGCAAGGGGCUCGCAGCGGAGUGGGCGGCACAUAAUAUCCGAGUAAACGCGGUGUCUCCCGGAUACGUGGAUACCGACCAGACUGCCGGAAUGGAUGAAAACAUUAGGAAGUACCAAGCGAACAACGUACCACUCAAGCGGUUUGCAAAGCCCGAAGAGAUGACCGGACAGACAGUUUUGCUUCUGUCCGAUUACGCGAGCUACAUGACUGGCGGGGAGUAUUUCGUGGAUGGUGGCCAAUUGAUUUGGUAA